AUGGACGGGCUUGUUCGCGACAACGCCAGCUUUACCGCUUCUCCAGCCGUACCUACCGCCGCACCUCUCGCCGCGAUCGCCGGUCUCUCCCAGCCCGUGGAAAGCGCGCUCUACCUCUGGGGAUACAAUCUCCGCGGGCAGACCAGCCACCGCGCGGGGCUUCGCGGGGAUCCGCGCACGUGGCGCUGCCAGCGCGCGCCGCUGCGGAUCGCGCGGGAGAAGUUCCGCGCGCGGGACGGGCAGCCCGUAGCGCUUGUUAGCGUGGCGUGCGGAUUGGAACAUAGCGCGGCGGUGGGGAUCGAUGGGAGCCUGUUCACGUGGGGGUCGAACGAGUACGGGCAGCUGGGCGACGGCACAGAGCAGAGCAGCAGGUGCGUUGACUCCGUUGACUCCAUUGACUUGACUUUCUCCCUGGGGAUUGAUGGGAGCCUGUCUACGUGUGGGUCGAAUGAGUACGGGCAGCUGGGCGACGGAGCAGCUGCGUUGACUGCAUUGACUCCUGCCCUGCUGGCAUCAACCCCUCCUCUGUUUCCCUCGUUUUCACUCCUCUCCGUCCUCUUCUUUUCCCUCGUCCCACGAUUUUCCUACAGGGAGCCAAUAAGGUUAGCAACUUUGGGGGAGGCAGGGGAGGAGGUGACUGCUGUGGCGUGCGGCGCGCAGUGCACUGCAGCUAUCACUCCCUUCCUCUGUGAUCUUCCUCUGUCCCCAUCUCCCUGCAGGGAGCCCAUAAAGGUACCAGCGUUAGAUGAGGCAGGGGAGGACGUGACUGCUGUGGCGUGUGGCGCGCAGGAGCCUAUAAGAGUGGCAGCCUUAGAGGAGGCAGGGGAGGAGGUGACUGCUGUGGCGUGUGGCGCCCAGUGCACUGCAGCUAUCACCAGGCGGAGAGCAGACGGGCGGGGGAGGGGGAAGAGGAGAGGGGGCAACGCGGAGCAUGGGGGUAGCGGGGAAGAGGAGGGGCGCCUGUGGGUAUGGGGCCAGAACCAGAAUUCGAACCUCCCUCGUCUUAUGCAAGGAGCCUUCCCCCCCAAAACUGUGGUUGUUCAGGUGUCUUGUGGCGACUCACACGCUGCUGCUGUGUCCAACUCUGGCCUGCUGCAGACAUGGGGCUACAACGAGCAUGGGCAGCUGGGCAUCGGCAGGGCGUGCGACGGGCUGCAGAAGCCCCACCUGGUGACCUCCUUUCAGCGCUUCCUAGACGACCCGCCUCUCACGUGCCCUCAUGGCGUUCGCAUCGUGGCGGUGGCGUGUGGGGGGUUCCACACCGCUGCUGUCGACGCCCGGGGCGAGAUGUAUACGUGGGGAGGGGGGUUGAUGGGCCAGCUGGGGCACCGAACGCUGCAGGCACGGGGUGGCACGUGCGAGGUGGUGCCGAGGCGGGUUGUGGCACUUGAAGGAGUUUCAGUAACGCAGGUGGCGUGUGGCCGCACCCACACAUGCGCCCUCACCCACAGGGGCGCUCUCUACAUCUGGGGCGCUGGCAGGGACGGGCAGCUAGGCACAGGCCCCACUUCUGGUUACAUGAUACGAAAUGCUUUUGGAUUCCAUCGAGUCUCCCUGCUCCCUUCCUUCUUUCCAAUCUGCAAUCCCACCCUCAUCCGUCCUCCCAGGGGCGCUCUCUACAUCUGGGGUGCUGGCAGGGACGGGCAGUUAGGCACAGGCCCCACCUCCGCCUCCUCCUGCUCUUCACUGGAACCCAUUCCCACUGCUCCUUUGCCCUCCUCUCUGCGCCUUCCCACCCCUGCUCCCAACCCCCUUCCCCACUACAGGGGCGCUCUCUACAUCUGGGGAGCUGGCAGGGACGGGCAGCUAGGCACAGGCCCCACCUCCGCCUCCUCUGCCCCCACCUCUUCCUCCUCCUCGCUGCCCUCGUCCUCCUCAUCCUGCCCCUCCUUCCAUCACCUACACACCGGCUUCACCAGCAAUACCACAGCCAGCAGCAACAGCAGAUUUGGAGGGCCGUUUGGAGGGGGGUUUGGAGCAGGGGCGAGUGGGGGAGGGUGCUCGUCUCUGGAUUUUGUGAGAGGGCUGGUGCAGCGACAGCCGCUGCUGCUCAUGCCCAAGGGCGUGCGGCUGGUGACGUGUGGGCAGGUGAGAGGGUGGGGCAGGACCGUUUGGGUGGGGAUUUGGAGCCGGGGCGCUAGGGGGGGACGGGUGCUCAUCUCUGGAUUAAGACCACACGCUAGUGGCGAUGGCAGAAGAUCAGAUACUGGGGUGGGGCUGCACCAGCAGUGGGCAGGAAUAGGCUUAGUGCCUUUGUGCUCCCCCAUCCUCUCCCCCGUGCGUGCUGACCACACGCUAGUUGCAAUGGCAGACGAUCAGAUACUAGGGUGGGGCUACAACAGCUGUGGACAAGCAGCAACUGGCAGAGAGUCCUAUGCAUGGCUGCCCAUGCACGUGGACUGGUGUGUGGGUAAGGUGCAGGCAUUGGCGGCAGGGGGAGGCCAUUCCGCUGUGCUCACUGCCGCAGACUCUCUGAAGCUUCUCGCUGAGUUCCGAUUGGCCCAUUCCCUCGACUUCUCUCUUCGCCGCCCGGGGGGGUUGUCGGAGUGCGUGAAAAGUUUUGACGGGCUGCUCGAGGGCAGGGAGGGCAGUGGAGAGGAGGAGGAUGGGGAGGUGAUGCUGCGUCGCCAGCUGGCGCUGGCGGAACGAAUCGUGGAGGAGUCGCAUAGGCUCGGAGCUGACUCCCUCGUGCGCUACAGCCUGCAGUUCUGGUGGGUGGUGUUGUGCGCUACAGCCUGGUGGGCGUUUCAGCAGGUAUUCGGAGGGGUAAAACAGCUUGCUGUUGGGUGA